AUGGAUCAGGGCUGGGCGAGCUGGUUCGGCGCCGGCGUCACGUCCGCCUUCUUCGCCUCGCUCGAGCGCUGCUCCUGCAUCAACCUCUCCACCGACGACGACGACGACGACGACGAGGAGGCCAACGACCGCCCCCUCAUGCUCGCCGCCCCCUCCGACCAGCCCCACCUCGACACCGCCGUCGCCGCCGGCAAGGAGGAGGAGCAGGAGCAGGAGCAGGGGCCUCCCCUCCCGCCCGUGUGA